AUGGAGAGAAAGAAGAGAGAUGGAGGAAUGGAGGAGGGAGAUGAUCAUGGGGAGUAUACAUUCGGCCAAGAAGGAGACACUAAUGGGAUGACUAUCAGCAUUUAUCCACGUGCCUGGUUUGAGCGAUUUAGUAUAGUGGUUGAGGCUGCUGGUUUCACUCCGAGCAUACAUGACCCAGCCGUCUUCAUUCACUCUUCCUCUCAUGGGCAAACCAUUCUUCUCCUAUAUGUCGAUGAUAUGAUCCUUACCUAUGAUGACUCUGCUCACAUUGCUUUUGUGAAGCAGAAGUUAUGCGAGACUUUCUUGAUGACUGAUUUAGGUCCACUUAGUUACUUCUUGGGUAUCGAGAUGGAGUUACAUUUAAAGCUUCGUGCCUCUAAUGGGGUUCUCUUACCUAAUCCUUCUCGCUAUCGCAUCUGUCAGUUUGAUGGGGCAUCCACUUCUGUUCAUUAUGCUCAUCUUAUUCGGGUAUUUCAAUAUCUUUGUGGUACUGUAUCUCGUGGUUUGUUCUACUCACGUCAGUCCACUCUUCAGUUGCAGGCCUAUUCUGAUUCUACCUGGGCCAGUUCUCCUGAUGAUCGGGUCUCUAUCACUAGUUACUGUAUCUUUCUUGGCUCUUGUCUUAUUGUUUGGAAGACCAAGAAAAAGCCUACUAUUACCAAGUCUUGUGCUAAGGCUGAGGUUCGUGCGUUGGCUUCUACUGUCCAGGAGAUUGCUGUAGAUUCGGUCAAGCAUGAGCUGACCAAGCAUAUUGGUGUGGAUGCCCACUUCACACGAUGUCAUGUACGUGCCCAGACUGUGUCACUUCACUAUUUUCCUACAGAGGUUCUGGUGGAUGAUUUCAUCACCAAGGCGCAGACACGUGAUCACCAUCUAUUCAUAUUAUCCAAACUCAAGACGCACGAUCUGCCUUGA